AUGGCCAAUACAGGCUCCGAAGCGCCACCCUGGCACGCGGCGUACCCAACGCCUCAAAUCAAAGCGCCCUCGGUCAGCCGCGAAGAAGUGUUGCAGUGGCUUCGCGACGGCAAAGCCGGAGAGGACUUUGUGCUGGUGGAUCUGCGUCGCAAUGACUUCGAGGUAUCGGGGCCACGAUGCCCGAGAAUGAAAAAAUCCCCCAGGGGGGGCACGAUCCGAGGGUCUCUCAAUUUGCCAGCGCAGAGCCUGUUCCUGACUAUCCCUACCCUGUACAAGGUGCUAGAGGGUAGUGGCGUCGAGAAGGUGGUUUGGUACUGCGGGUCCAGCGGAGGACGCGGGACUCGUGCGGCCGGGUGGUUUGCGGAUUACCUGGCUGAGCGUGAUACGAGGCUGCAAAGCUUGGUGCUCACAGGGGGAAUUAAAGGGUGGGCUUCGGCCGGACCAGAAUAUACCGAAUGGAUGGACGAGUAUGAUGCGGCUGCGUGGGCGCGUAAGUAA